CAUGUAGGUUAUUGAUGCUCUGUAUCUAGUUCCAACUUUGUGUUCACAUUUUCUUUUCUGUCGGGGAUUAUUGAGUGUGUUGCCAUCUUGAUUUCCAUUCGUUGCCUUGAAAGAUAUGUGGCUUGGGUGAAAGAUGCGCCUCAGUAUGCAUUUUUCAGGACUCGGUUUUAUUAAUGAUGGAGUAAUUGUUGGUAGUUUAUUAGGUUCAAACCCAUCUUAUUCAUCUUAUUACAAAAGUGUUUCAGUUGAUAUGAGAAGCGUUUUCCAAAUUUACUGUGGCAGUAAGUAAGACCAAUUUCAACAAAAUUGUUCAGACGAAGUUUGGUUUUUCAUCCGUAUAGAAUCACCAACUGAAGCAUUUUGAUUUCUCUAUCUUCAAGUUUUGAGUAGCUGAAGGAAAGUCGACCAUCUGUUCUGAUUGAGCUCUAAGGUACGUGGCUAGAUUUACUAAGCAUUCAGACUUCAUGCACAAGGAUAGGAAUGGGCGUAGAUUCAUACCUACAAAAAAGGAGAAAACAAAGGCUCAGCCUUUGAGGGAAAAAUGACAAAACGUUGUGUUUUGGGUUAAUGGAGAUUGCAGAGGCGGCGGAGGGAUUAGUUAGGGGAGAGAACCUGACUCCGAGCAGAAGGCUUCAAGUUAAUGAAGCACUUGAUCAAACGCCAUUACAGCGAUCUUGUCUCAUAUCUCAGGAACUCCAGGGAGUCAUCAAUCAAAGAUUCCAAAAUCCUCCAACACUGUAAGUCAGGUGAUCUUCCUGAGGCGCUUAAGCUUCUGAACACCAUUAGUUCUGGUGAUAUCCGUGUCAAACCAAUUUUAUACGCCUCCUUGCUCCAGACUUGUACCAAGGUCGUUUCUUUUGGCCAUGGCAUCCAAAUCCACGCCCAUGUUAUCAAGUCUGGUCUUGAAACCGAUCGUUUUGUCGGCAACAGCUUGCUCGCUCUUCAUUUCAAAUUGGGUCCCGAUUUCUCGGAGACUCGGAGAGUGUUUGAUGGCCUUUUUGUGAAGGACGUGGUGUCAUGGAGUUCAAUGAUUUCUGGGUAUGUGCGUGUGGGGAAACCCCAAAAUUCUCUGCAAUUGUUUUCGGAAAUGCUUGAAUCUGGGGUUGAACCUAAUGGUUUUUCUUUAUCCGCCGUCAUUAAGGCAUGUUCUGAGCUUGGUGAUUUAAAGCGAGGAAGAUGCUUCCAUGGAAUGGUCAUGAGUCGUGGGUUUGAUUCGAAUCAUGUUGUUUCUAGUGCUCUGAUUGAUAUGUACGGAAGAAACCACGGUGUCCAGGACGCACGCCAGUUGUUUGAUGAAUUGCUUGAACCAGAUGCUAUAUGUUGGACAUCAGUUAUUUCAGCAUUAACAAGGAAUGAUUUGUUUGAUGAAGCUUUGGAAUUUUUUUAUGUUAUGCACAGAAAUCAUGGGCUAUCUCCAGAUGGAUUCACGUUUGGGACUGUGUUGACAGCUUGUGCUAACUUGGGGAGGUUGAGGCAGGGCAAAGAAGUUCAUGCUAAGGUUGUUACAUCAGGGCUAUGUGGAAAUGUGGUUGUCGAGAGUAGUCUUGUGGACAUGUAUGGAAAAUGUGGCUCUAUUGGAGAAUCCAAGAGUAUUUUCGAUAGAAUGAGCAACAAGAAUGCAAUUUCUUGGUCUGCCAUGCUUGGUGUAUACUGUCAAAAUGGAGAAUGUAAAACAGUGAUCAAUCUUGUUAGGGAAAUGAAAGAGGUGGAUCUUUACAGCUUUGGGACUAUUCUUCGGGCAUGUUCGGCACUAGCAGCUGUAAGACACGGGAAAGAGGUUCAUUGCCAGUACAUAAGAAGGGGUGGGUGGAGAGAUGUUAUAGUAGAGUCAGCCUUGGUUGACUUAUAUGCAAAAUGUGGCUGCAUUGAUUUUGCACAGAGAUUGUUCUUACUUAUGCCAGUUAGAAAUCUGAUAACGUGGAACUCGAUGGUUGGUGGACUUGCUCAGAAUGGAAGAGGGAGAGAAGCACUUGAGUUAUUUGAGAAGAUGAUCAAAGACGGGAUGAAGCCUGACCACAUAACUUUUCUUGCUGUUCUUUUUGCUUGUAGUCAUGCGGGUUUGGUUGAUGAAGGGAGAAAGCUUUUUGCCUCAAUGACAAAGGACUAUGGGAUUAAACAUGGCAUUGAGCACUACACUUGCAUGAUCGAUCUUUUAGGCCGUGCUGAGCUGAUAGAAGAGGCUGAAAACUUGCUUGAAAAUGCAGAUUGUAGAUAUGAUUCAUCACUUUGGGCAGUUCUUCUUGGAGCAUGUACCAAAUGUUCAGACUCUAUAGCCGCAGAGAGAAUCGCGAAGAAGAUGAUUGAGCUGGUACCUGAUUACCAUCUCAGUUAUGUUCUUCUGGGUAAUAUUUAUAGAGCAGUAGGCCGUUGGAAUGAUGCUGUGGAGAUCAGAAAGUUAAUGGAAGAUAGAGGGGUUAAGAAGAUGCCUGGUAAGAGCUGGAUUGAAACUGAGAGUCAACUGGGUUCUAGUCUACGCACGCACAAUUUGAGCAAUGCUGGAAAAGCAGUGUCUCCAUGAGUGAAAUUGAAAGUGGCGGUUGGUUUGUUAAUGAAUUUCAUGGCCUUCUCGAAGGACAUGACUUAGCAAAUGAUUCACUCUUUAGAAAGCCUACUGUGAGAUGUAAUAAUUUCAACUGAAAAUUUUAUGGCAAUCACCUGCUUAAUUUUUUU